UUCCGCCGAAGACGAAGAAGACGAGGAACCACGCAUUCCCGAAGAGUGGCGGUGCACCUUUCAGAUCGUGUUAACGUUUUAGAUUUGACGUUAGUACUUAUUGAAUACAUAAUGACAGGCAAAAAUUUAACUAUUGAGAGACAGAUUUCUAACGGUGAAGUCUCCUUCUCUAGUCAAGAGAAAAGUAAUGUUAUUCCAGAAACACUCCCGGAGAAGUUGAAAAGGAUUGCCAAGGCAAAUUUACUUGUGAUUUUGACAGUGUCUGCUGUUAUCGUUGGCGUUUGCAUUGGGCUUGGAGUGCGAAAUGCAAAACUCACCCAGACUCAGGUAAUCUAUUUCGGCUUCCCCGGGGAACUCCUGAUUCGGCUGCUGAAAAUGAUCAUCAUUCCAUUGGUGGUGUGUAGCCUCGUGUCUGGGGCUGCUAGCAUUGACCCUAAAGCUCUGGGGAAACUAGGUGGCUGGGCGAUGUUGUUCUUUUUAGUGACCACGCUUAUUUCAUCUGCAAUCGGAGUUAUUAUGGCUUUCAUCAUCCAGCCUGGUUCAUCUCAAAGCGCCAAACCGAGAAUAACUUCACUUGACCAGAAAGCACCUGAGACCAAGGAGGUGAUGGACUCGUUUUUAGACCUAGUCAGAAACAUCUUCCCUUCCAACCUGGUGGCUGCUGCUUUUCAGUCGUAUGCUACAGGUUAUAAGUUUGUGAACACCAGCAUGAAUACUACCAACAGCACUAUUGAAAAGGUUCCUUUGGGUACAGAUGUGGAUGGUAUGAACAUCCUAGGCCUAAUCGUGUUUUCUAUGGCAUUUGGUGUGGCCUUGCGGAAAUUGGGAGAGGAUGGGGAGAUUCUAAUUAAGUUUUUUAACUCCUUUAACGAGGCAACCAUGGUGCUCGUGUCAUGGAUCAUGUGGUAUGCCCCAUUGGGUAUCAUGUUUUUGGUGGCUGCUAAGAUUGUUGAGAUGGAGGAUGUAGGGAACUUGUUUGCUAGCUUGGGAAAGUAUAUUGCCUGCUGUGUGAUUGGUCAUGCAGUGCAUGGCCUUCUCAUCCUGCCACUUAUUUACUUUGUGUUCACUCGGAAGAACCCCUACGCUUUUCUCAUGGGUCUGGUUGCUGCUUUAGCAACUGCUUUUGGAACAUCAUCAAGCUCUGCAACACUGCCUUUGAUGAUGAAGUGUGUGGAGGAAAACAACGGUGUUUCGAAACAUAUCAGUCGCUUCAUCUUGCCUAUUGGUGCAACUGUCAACAUGGACGGAGCUGCCUGCUUCCAGUGUGUGGCUGCUGUUUUUAUUGCACAGUUAAAUGACAUUCCACUCAACUUUGUCCAGGUUAUCACCAUACUGGUUACUGCCACAGCAUCAAGUGUGGGGGCUGCAGGGAUCCCUGCUGGAGGUGUUCUGACACUGGCUAUCAUUCUGGAGGCAGUGGGAUUGCCCACUAAUGACCUCUCUCUCAUCUUGGCUGUAGACUGGCUGGUAGAUCGUACCUGCACAAUCAUUAAUGUGGAGGGUGAUGCUUUUGGGGCAGGGCUGCUGCAGCACUAUACUGAUCAUAGAAGCAAAAAAGAGGAAGUGGAGCUGAAAGAGGUGCAUUUGGAAGAGGUUGGGCAUCCAGUGAAACCUGAAGGUUUGCCACUCCUUGAGAAGCAUGCAGAAAUAGAAAUAGCUGGUUCCAAGACCUCUGAAAAUGAGUCUGUAUUGUAGAUUAAUACCUAUUUCUUAUGUCAAGUUGAUUGCAAAUCAACCUUUUCUGUAAUGCAGAGGUCUGCAGUCUUCUGGAAAAUCAACUUUUUUUUUCUCAUUCCAAAAAAGCUGGAGUCUUGUAUUAUUGGUUAAUCAAGGUCUUCAUUAUUUGUUAUAUGUAAAUUCUAUUUAGAUGAGAAACACUGUAGCCAAGGUUAUUUACAAAUAAGAUUACAUACCCCUCCUCUAUGGGAAAUGUAGGAAGACGGUUAAAUUUUCAGAAAUGUCAGAAUAUGAAAUGUAACUAUGUAUCUGUUUUUGUAGGGAUAUUUAAGAAAGGAGUCUGAAAUGUACUGUAUGUGCAUGUUUGUGUGUAUACAUACAUAGUCAUAUGAGAGAGUCAGUAGCUUCAGUAGCUUUUAAAACCACCUUCAGCAAAAAUAACUUGAAGUAAUCAUUUUUUGUAUGAAUUUAUGAAUCUCUCAGAUUGUUGUGGAUGAAUUUUGGCUUAUUCUUGUUUGCUUAAUUGUAUGUUGAAUAUUUUCCACUUGUGAAUAAUCUUCCUCACUGUAGAAUGAUCAGCUUUACAUUUUUUGGAAAAAAGCCUUAUAACCUUUCCCAGGUUGAUGUACAGCAACAAUGGCUUCUCCCAGAUCAUUGCGGAUGUCUUUCCCCUCAUCAUUGUUUAAACACACACCCGAAUACUCCAGACCAGUAAAACUGCGAAAACUCCAGGGCAUUUAAUUAGCAGCACCUGGCUGUUAUUUAGCCUCUGUUACUUAGUUUUUUACACAUUGCUUCUCUAUUUUUAGUUUGUUUUGGUAAAAAAAUUUGACAAGGUGUAAUAUAACCUGAUAAGGACCAAAUAAUUAUUGUCAAAAUGCAUAAAACCAUAUAAUUCAAAGGGUUUAUUCUUAUUUAAUUAAGAUGAUAUAAUAGUGUGUGUAUGCAAAAAGAGGAUUUUUUUAAAAAACAGGAUAUUGUUACCAAAAGCACAGUUUAUUCUGUCCAUAGGAUUUUCUGUAGUACAAACUAUUUAUUUUUUCUUAUUGGAAAAAUUUAUUCUUUCUUUCUUUUAGUGUUUUUAAAAAGGCGGGUCCUAUAAUAAAUAUUUUCCGUUCUGAUUCCUUCAAUUGUUGCAGUUGAAAAUGUAAAGGCAACACUCUUUAAACCUGUUCUGUUUAAAGUGUCUGUUUACCCGUUAAGUAGAUCCUUAUAAACCUAAAUAUUUGAUUUCAAUUUCUAAAUAUAAAAUUAUUUUCAUUUUUUUAAAACCUUGAAUAUUAUCUGUUUGGACAUUUAGCUUUUUAAAACCUAUGGCUUUUUAUUUAUACAUCGUUUUUUACUCCUUCCUAUCACUUGAAUACUUGUAUGACAAUCCUUUUUUUAAAUAGCAUUUUCUCAGGUUUCUCAAUCAUAAGUUUCAUCAUGCUUUCAGUAUGUUGCAUAAGAAUGUGAUUUUUGUAAUGCUGAUUAUGAAAAUGUGCUGGAAUGAUUGUAUCUUAUUUAUACAAAAAAAAAAGAACUACACUCUAUAAAAAAAUCUAACUGACUAGAAAGUUUCAGCAUUAUAUAUUGGAUGAAAUUUGAAUUUUGAUUUGUUCAUUACUUUUCCUACAUGAUAUUUCAAUGGAUACUAAUGGAUCAUCAAAAUCGUGGUAUUCAGACAGAGUUCAAUAAAAAUAAAAAUUUAAUAAAAUUAGGUUAUGGUUUGGGUACUUUAGAUAAUUUUUGUGUGUGUGUGGUGAUAUCUGAAUUUUUUUUUUCCAAGUUUCAAAAAUGAUCACUGUAUUUAAAUGCAAAAAAGCCAAAACACUAGUGUAUCAGCAGCUAUGUAUGCAGGUAAAGAUCAUUCCAACAGGCUGAAACUCAAUAUGUUUGUGUGCAGGUUGAUGUGGGAAAUGUGUGUUUUGAAUAUCCAGAAUGUACUCCUAACAGUCUUUUUAAAUAAAGAGAUUUUAAUGAUA